AUGUCCCAUGUCCAGAUAACAGCGGUUGUUGCCCUGCAGGCGCGACUUUGUCAAUCUGGCUCCUCAUGUGGUCCAGGCGGCAGUGGUGGAGGAGGUACUGGCGGAGGAGGUGGAGGAGGUACUGGCGGAGGAGGUGGAGGAGGUACUGGCGGAGGAGGUGGAGGAACUGGCGGAGGAGGUGGAGGUACUGGAGGAGGUGGAGGUACUGGAGGAGGUGGAGGUGGAGUGGUGGCAGUGGUACUGGUGGCAGUGGUAGUGGUGGUGGUACUGGUGGCAGUGGUACUGGUGGCAAUGGUAGUGGUACUGGUGGCAGUGGUAGUGGUGGCAGUGGUAGUGGUGGUGGUACUGGUGGCAGUGGUGGCGGUUUUGGUGGCGGUGGCAAUUCUGGUGGCAGUUCUGGCAGCGGCAAUUCCGGCAGUGGCAGUGGCAAUUCUGGCAGUGGCAGUGGCGCUUUUAAAACAGAGAUUCAAUUUUCCGCCAAGCUACUGA